GGCCACUCCCCGCCGCCGCCGCCUCCUCCUUCCUGGGGAAAGAGGGGCAGGAGAGCGGCCGGCUUUGAGGCCCAGGAGGAAUGCUCUUGGCCCUGGGCGCCCGCCUCCUUCGAGGGGAAAAGGCCUGCUCAGCAGCUUGGAGGGCGAGCGGGCCACACUCGCUCAGGAUCAGCGCCAGGAAGAUCAUGACCAAGCACAAAAAUGCCAAGCGAAUUGAAGGACUUGAUAGCAAUGUGUGGGUGGAAUUUACCCAGCUAGCUGCAGAUCCUUCCAUAGUGAAUCUUGGACAAGGCCUCCCAGAUAUAUCUCCUCCUGACUAUGUGAAGGAAGGAUUAGCAAAAGCAUCCUCAGUGGACAUGCUGAACCAGUACACGCGUGGCUUUGGACAUUCAUUGUUGGUGAAAGCCUUGUCUCAAGUGUAUGAAAAAGUCUGUGGAAGAAAGAUUGACCCCUUCACGGACAUCCUGGUAACAGUAGGAGCGUAUGGUUCUCUUUUUAGUGCAAUUCAAGGACUCAUCGAAGUAGAUGAUGAAGUGAUAAUAAUAGAACCUUUCUAUGACUGCUAUGAACCCAUGGUGAAGAUGGCUGGAGGAAGACCUGUUUUUAUACCUUUGAGACAUAAAUCUGCAGCUGCAGAUGUUGCAUCUAGUGCUGAUUGGGUUUUGGAUCCUGCCGAACUUGCGAGUAAAUUCAGUUCUAAGACCAAAGCUAUUAUACUGAAUACUCCUCACAAUCCUAUAGGAAAGGUCUAUACAAAAGAAGAGCUCCAAAUAAUUGCUGAUCUCUGUAUUAAACAUGACACCCUGUGCAUCAGCGAUGAGGUCUAUGAGUGGAUGGUAUACACUGGCAACAAACACAUCAAAAUAGCGACUUUACCUGGCAUGUGGGACAGAACAGUAACUAUAGGAAGUGCUGGGAAAACAUACAGUGCCACUGGCUGGAAGCUUGGCUGGUCUAUUGGCCCUCAACAUCUGAUAAAGCAUUUGCAAGUUGUUCAUCAAAAUACACUCUAUACAUGUGCAACUCCAUUACAGGAGGCUCUCGCACAAGCCCUUUUGAUAGACUUGAAACGCAUGGAUGAUCCAGAGUGUUACUUCUACUCAUUGCCCAGAGAGCUGGAAGGCAAACGGAACCGAAUGGCCCAGAUGCUCCUGGAAGUUGGGCUGAAACCUGUUGUUCCAGAGGGAGGCUAUUUCAUGAUUGUUGAUGUAUCUUCACUAAAUGUGGAUCUAUCUGACAUGGAGAAAGAUAAACCUUAUGACUAUAAAUUUGUGAAAUGGAUGAUGAAAUCCAAGAAACUGUCAGCUAUUCCUCUGACUUCAUUUUGUGGCCCAGCAACAAAAGAACAGUUUGAGAAAUACAUACGCUUUUGCUUCAUCAAAAAAGACAGCACACUGGAUGCAGCAGAAGUUAUCCUGAAGAACUGGAGAAAACAUUAACUUUGGAGUUAAUGUUUUAUGUCAUUCACAAAUGCAUACAGUGGUACAUUGAAAACGGUUUUGGCAUUUCAAGCAAAGCAGUUUUUAAGAAUUGCACUGUGCUGCCAUCUGGUGGAUAUUUAAGUAGAGCUUAGGUUUUGUACAUAGUCCUUUCUUUACACACCUCUGGUCCUCAUGUGUGCUAAUGAACACUUAUAUAAGCCUUGGUGGUUUGAAAGCCUUGGUGGUAGAUGUUUAAGACAGAUUGUCAUUCAACUGGGCAUGGUCAUUUACAGGCCAGAUUAGGAUAGUAUUACUAUAGUUCAUUGAUUCCCAAACCCUGGUCCUCCAAGUGUUUUGCACUAAAUAUCCCAUAAUCUCAUGACUAUUUUAUUUAUUUACUUACUUCAAGGGCUUCUUCUCAGCCCUUAGGUGACUCAGAGUGGUUAACAACAAUAGUUUCAGAAUACACAAUACAAAACCAUUAGACAUUUAAAAGCCAUAACAUCACAAUAAAUUAAACAUCAACAUCAAUACAUCAAUAUAAUAAUCCAUCAGUUCUCAUCAAUAGAAUCACCGUGACUCAAGAGAUUUCCCUGCACAAUAAAUCUGGCGUAGUGGCGGGAGAUGCUAUCGACCUUUCCAAGGUCCUCUACCUUCUUAAACUGGCCGUGGGUUGCUCACCACUGCAGAAUAAGCAGAGCCCUCUUCUCUCCGAUGUAAUAAAGGUGCAUGAGGUCUUCCUUGGAGCCAGUAUUGAAGAUGGUCAAGAGGUUCUGUUUUCCUCGAUCCACCUGGUCAUUCCAUUUAUUCACCUCCUGCUCAGAUGGAUCCUUAUUUUGGGCGGCAGCAGCCAAAGCCUUCCUUGUUCUUCUGAUCUUCCGUGACAUGUCAAAGAUAAAGUUUUCCUCAUCCUCCGACUCAGCUGCCUCCACUGGUGUCCCUUUGCCUUCCUGGAGAGGCGGCACAGUUGCUUUUUCCUGCAGUCCAUGAUGUUUUCCUUGCAGAAUUCUCGCCUCCACAUCAGUGCAGUCGGAUCCUGUGGCCUCCUCUGGAGGGACCGGGCUCAAGAGAGGAGACGGGCUCCUCUGGUGACCUGCUGUGGGGGAUUCUGGUUUUCGGGUCUGGAUCUCCAUGAACUGGGCGGCGCUGGUUUGACCUAUGGAACUUGUUCUCCAGCUCCAGCUGCAAGUUGCGCAUCUUCAAUAGGUCAAUCUGGUAUUGAAGUGUUCUGUUUUCUCUCUUCAAGAUGGGCUUGCUGCAAAUGAAUGUAUGAUAAUAUUCAAACCUUUGAGUAAGUUCAGUAAAUAGCACAACAACAUUCUGAGCAGCUAAUGCAGUUAUAAGUCAGUAUAUUUUGAGCAGGUGUUGCACAGAAUUGUGGUAGAAAUAUAUACAAAAACUAAUCAUGCCAAAGGCCUUGUAGCUAGAAUAAAUAAGAGAUUCUAUGGACAGUGAUUUUGCAUAGAUGAUACUGAUUUUGGAGGGAAAUGGCUUGGAGAUCAGUAUGAUUCCUUGAGUGUGGGCUUGUCAUUUUCCCAUGAUAACUACAUUUUCUCACUGGGUAGCUGGAUAUGUUACUGUCCCUUCAAUUUUUGCAUUUUUAUUUUACAAAAAUGGUCCUCAAGUAUCUACUUUAUAACAUGUAAAGUUGACUUGAUUGAACAAAUCAUUAAAUUUGAAACUACGUCAUAAUUUUUACACAAA